AUGAGUUCAGGCGGAGGAGAUGCGAAGCUUUUUGCAAGGGGGAAAGUCGCCGAGUUGCGCCAGGAACUCAACAGCGGAGGAAAGAAGGAUAAGAAUCAUUCGGCAAAGAAGAUCGCCUUGAAAAAGAUUGUCGCCAAUAUGACCAUGAGCAAUAAUGAUAUGGUUGGCUUGUUUCCGGAUAUCAUCGCCUGCAUGACGAUUCCGAGUUUGGAGAUAAAGAAAAUGUGCUUUUUAUACUUGGUCAAUUAUGCGAGGGCGAAACCAGAGAUUGCACUUAAGGCGCUUCCAAUUUUGGUCGAUGAUAUGGACGAUCACAAUCCCCUGGUUCGCGCUCUUGCUCUUAGGACGAUAUCAUAUAUUCACGUUCGGGAGUUCGUGGAGGCGACUGUACAACCAGUGAAACAUUUAAUGGUCGAUGUCGACCCUUACGUGCGAAAGACGGCCGCUUUUUGUGUCGCCAAGUUGUACGAUCAUCACAAGAAAAUGGUGGAAAGCUCAGAUCUUAUUGAUCGGCUAAAUAAAAUGUUGAAAGACGAAAAUCCUACUGUCGUCUCGAGUGUAUUAGCCGCUCUGGUGGAUAUCUGGGAACGCAGUGAAUCAAUCUCAUUGACGAUAGAUUAUGCUAGUGCGUCAAAAGUGGUGUCUGUACUAGCAGAUUGUUCAGAAUGGGGUCAAACAUAUAUUCUAGAGUCUCUUAUGGCAUAUGUGCCAAGAGAUUCCGGGGAAGCUCUCCUUUUAGCUGAACGUAUCUCGCCCCGACUAUCACAUUCCAACUCUGCAGUGGUUCUGACCUCGAUCCGGGUCAUUCUCUACCUCAUGAAUUAUAUCAGUGACGAGAAACAAGUCACUGCUCUAUCGAAGAAAUUGUCGCCGCCUCUAGUCACGUUAUUGUCGAAGCCUCCUGAAGUCCAGUAUCUUGCUCUACGAAACGCCAUACUUAUUCUGCAGAAACGCCCCGAGGUUCUUCGGAAUGACAUUCGUGUCUUUUUCUGCAAAUAUAACGACCCCAUUUAUGUCAAAGUCACGAAACUGGAGUUGAUUUUCAUGCUUGCAUCGAAGGAGAAUAUCGGUGUUGUCUUAGCCGAAUUACGAGAAUAUGCAUCCGAGAUUGAUGUGCACUUUGUGCGCAAGGCUGUUCGAGCCAUUGGCAAGUUGGCUAUCAAGAUUGAGUCUGCUGCACGACAGUGCAUUGACACACUGUUGGAACUUGUGCAUGCCAAGGUUCCUUAUAUCGUCCAAGAAGCCACCGUCGUGAUUCGCAAUAUAUUCCGCAAAUACCCCAACCAAUACGAAGGCAUCAUCGGAGCAGUCAUUCAGAACAUCGACGAACUCGAUGAACCGGAGGCCAAAGCAGCUAUAAUCUGGAUCAUUGGCCAGUAUGCGGAUCGUAUCGAAAAUUCGGACGGUUUACUCCAGGAUUAUUUAGCAACAUUCCACGACGAGCCCAUCGAAGUGCAACUCGCCUUACUCACGGCUACGGUAAAAUUAUUCAUCCAACGUCCCACAAAAGGCCAACAAUUGGUCCCGGAAGUUCUGAAAUGGUGCACCGAGGACACCGACGACCCAGACCUCCGCGACCGAGGAUACAUGUACUGGCGCCUCCUAUCCACCGAUCCAGCCGCAGCCAGGGAGGUUGUAAUGGGCGAAAAGCCCCCUAUUACAGCCGAAAGCGAGAAACUAGAGCCCAACACCCUGGAAGAACUAUGUUUGAACGUGGGCACAUUAGCGACUGUCUACCUCAAACCAGUCCAACAAGUGUUUAGGUCAGCACGACCAAAACGACUUGGCGAUAGCCCAGCACUCGUCAAACGACCGGGUAUGGCCGAGUUGCCAAAGGGAGGAUCAUUCCCAUAUGACGCUUCAUCCGCUGGCUUGACAUCCGUCGUCCCCCCUCCAUCCAUUGCUGCUGCUGCUCCUCCUCCACAAAACGGAAACGCAGGCGACCUCUCCGCCGCCGUCAACGCGGCAGACGCUUACUUCAAUAACGUCGCAUCUCAGCAAAUGGCAAACCUCGACCUGGGUGGACGAGAAGAUAAUGGGUUAGGCGGAUUGGGUGGAACAAGUCAGUUGUCGCAGUAUGUGGUAAAUCAGAAUCAGCAGCAGAUUUACCAGCAGCAGAUUUACCAGCAGCAGAUGGCGGGUGGUGCUGGAGGGGACUUGCUUUUGUUGUAA